GGAGAGGCAUUCUAAAUUAUAUUAGAUAUUUAAUACAUUGGCAAAUUUUUUAAUCUCCUAUUUGUUUAUAUUAAACUGAUUGAUAAUAAUAACAACAGCGAUAACCAUAACGGAAUAUUGUAGAAUCAAUAAUUUUAAAUACAUUUUAAAAUGUUAAAACUCUUAAAAUAAAUACUUAAAUAAAUACUUUAAAUAAAAUGGUUGAAACAUUUUUCGCACAUAUUUGCUCGUCGAUUGAGUAUUGGAUAGGAGAUGGGUAUAUUACCAUAAUAUUAUUAUGUACUUUUUGUAGUGCAAUACUAUCAUAAUAAUAUGUAACCAUGGAAACUGACAUACUUACUUGUUUAACGUUUGCGGUAUUAAAAGUAAUACUGUUGAAACUCUGAUUAUUGUUUCACGGCAAUCAACCAAGUGAAAAUUGAAUUGCGCAAAUCUGCAUAUUAAGCAACACGGGAGUCAUCUCAGAAAACUUCCAAAAGCUGCGGAACAUAAUUUGUACAAUCGCUAUUGACGCUAUCACAGAACAACAAGGAACCGUCCACCGUUUGUCCACGAUUCCCACAAACUUCCAUAACGAAAAACAAUGUACGGUGGCGAAAGUACCCCAGAGGCUGAACCACAAACCAUAAUAAGUGUUGAAAACGAAAUCAUAACUCAUGACAAUAACUGUACAUUAGAAGAUAUAAAUAAAGUUAAUGAAUAUUUGGAAUGUUCAAAGAUAAAGUUUGAAAAUCGAUUAAGACAACAACAAAUUAAGGAGUCUUCAAUUGAUGAUUUUAUAAUCCAUAAGACCAUUGGAAUGGGUGCUUUUGGACGUGUUUUGUUAGUCAAUUACAAAUUGAAACCAGAAAAAUUUUUAGCUAUGAAAAUUAUGAAGAAAGAGCAAAUCUUAAAAAGAAAUUUUUUACAACACGUAUUCAAUGAGAAACAACUAUCAUCAAACUUACGACAUCCGUUCAUUAUACACAUGGAGUAUUAUGCAAAGGACAUAUGCAACUUAUAUUUCAUUAUGCCGUUCAUAGUAGGCGGAGACUUAUUCGGUUUAAUGAGUGAACGAGGUGUACUAGACGAAUUGCAUGCUAUGUUUUAUGCGGGUCAAAUGAUCCUAGCACUUGAAUAUUUACAUUCGCUGGAUAUAAUCUAUAGAGAUUUGAAACCUGAAAAUGUGUUGAUUGCCGCUGACGGUUUUAUAAAAUUAACAGAUCUCGGAUUGAGCAAGCGAAUUACUUCAAAUCGAACGACCACACUUUGUGGUACUCCGUACUAUUUGGCACCGGAAAUCAUAGCAAUCAAACCGUACGGAAAACCUGUGGACUGGUGGGCAUUAGGCAUAAUCAUAUUUGAAAUGGUUUCUGGGUCAGUGCCAUUCAUUGCUGACACUGAAAAAAAACUGUUCUAUAAAAUCUUGAGUGGUAGUUACAGAAUGCCAAUCAAUUUUUCCCCAAACCUUUCACAUUUUGUUAAAAACUUACUACAAGUUGACCUAUCAAAAAGAUAUGGAAACUUACAAAAUGGAAUUUCUGACAUCAAAUCUCACCGAUGGUUUAACAAAAUAGAUUGGAUAAUACUCUACAACAAGAAUAUGGUACCACAAUACAUACCAACUUUUAAUAGUCCAUCAGAUACACAUAAUUUCGAAUCAUUUGUCGAAGAAGACACCUCUAUUAUAUGUAAUGGAGUUGACCAAACUCAUUUCGCCAAUUUUUAAUUGAACAUAAUAAAUAAUGACCAACAAGUAUAUUAUAUAAAAUAGUAAGUUCAUAACUGUAUAAUGUCGUCCAAUGUAAGAGUGGAUCUUAAUUCAUAUAGAGUAUUUGAGUUUAUAAAAUUAUACAACAGAUCAACUAAUAAAUGUAUAUUAUUUGUUUUCUAAAGGACGUCACACCAUGUUCGUAAAUAGUGUGAUAAAAUUAUUUAACGUCAGUCGUCAAGUAAUAUAACCACUGUUUUUGGCUACCACUUUUUUACCAUAUAAUUAAGAAAACUUGGA